AGAGGUGACCAUUUAACUAAUAACAGUAACUUCAUCAACAUCAAAAGGUUGCUAUUUGGAAUAACCUUGGAUUGUGUACUUUUUCCUGAAAAGAUAAUCAAAAAGGAUAUUGCCAAAAGAAGCAAUGGAGUGGAGAAUUGUACUAGGUGUUCUGUGUCUAAUCGGAAUCCUACCUGUGCCUGGAAAUGCAGCAAAUGACACAAAUGCAACAGUCUUUGAGUUUAAUUUAAGUUUCUCCAUUAAUGACACUUUCAUUCCUGACUACUCCAAUAUGAGCACUGAUGCAGCCAUCCAUCUGAAACAAAACAUCACAUCUCAGAUUAAUCCACUCUUCCAGAAUAUCACAAACUUUCUACAGAUGCUUAUUCAGCAAUUCAGGAAUGGCUCCAUUGUGACAGAUAGCAUUCUUCAAUUUUCCAAUGGCACUCGUCCUAAUGCCACAGUCCUGAGACAAACCCUUGUUGACAGAGUUGGAAAUGGGAAUUUUCUCAAAAUCAUUACAAAUUCCAUCAAUGUUACUGAAUCUGUGAAAGCACCCAGUGUGACAACUACAACCACAACCACAACCACCACUGUCAACAGCACAUCUCCUGCAGCUGUUGUAAAGUUAAAUAUAAGUUUCAGCAUUAAUCAAGACUUCAAAGCGAUCUACUCCAAUUUGAGCCAUCCUGAAACCAAUCUGCUGGCAAAGAACAUCACCGAUCAGAUUUCUUCAGUUUACAAGAGACGUUUCCCAAGCUUCUUUCGCAUGUUUAUUUGGCAAUUCAGGAGCGGAUCUAUUGUGACAGAUGCUGUCCUUGAAUUUGACAAAAAUGGCACUAGCCCUAAUGUGUCAGAAGUGGCACAAACUCUACGUGAUGCAGUUGCAAAUGGAAAUGUCACCAUCCAAAUUGAUCCAAAUUCUGUCAAUGUUACAGAUCCCACAGUCGUGACCACAGCUGAACCUCCUACACAGUUCACCGUAACUUUUAAAAUUAUUGAAACAUUCAAUGCAGUCUACUCCAAUCUGAGCGCUCCUGAAACCAUACAGCUAGCAACGAACAUCACCAAUCAGGUUUUGAAAGUUUACAAGAAGCGCUUUCUGAACUUCAUUCGUAUGUUUAUUCGGCAAUUCAGGAGUGGCUCUAUUGUGACAGAUGGUACCCUUGAAUUUGACAAAAAUGGCACUAUCCCUUCAGCGAAAGAUGUGGCAAUAACGCUUCGUGACGCAGUUACAAAUGGAAAUUUCACUUUCUCAAUUGAUCCAAAUUCCAUCAAAGUUACAGACUCCUCAGGGAACACUUCUUCCCGGUCUCCAGUCUUGGCUAGUAUGCUGACAGCUUUGUGGAUGACUCUAGCAUCACUUCUGUUGUCAGCUGUGAUGCACCUCUAAGCAUCACAUUCACAUGAGCAAACAAACUAAAUUGCACUACUACAUUUAUCCAUCAAAACAUAUUAAUACAAAAUGAUAAUGCUUUCUUUGAUCUUUCAGUUUGCAUUUUGAAUCAACAAAUCACAAAGCAAAACAAACCAUGUCAAGUCGAGUUGUCGAGUUGUAACGUUUACUGUUCUUUCUUGCCAUAUUCAGAGCCAGGUGAAAUUAAUAGCAUGUCUGAUUUAUUGUAUUUUGUGCGCUACUUGACAAAAAGUACAUGUGUACACUGAGCUGGAGAAGUAAUGAGGAUGGGUUUAUACAGUUAAACCAAAUCUGAACAUUAAUCCAUGCCAUAUGGUACAAAUAAAUAUUAUAUGCAAAGAUGAAUAAUUUUACUAUUUAGAACUGGCUAUGUUUUGUUCUUUUGAAAAUGGAUUGAAAAAUCUAUCUGUAAGUCAAUGUGAAGUCAAAAUUGACCCUACUUAUUUUCUUUAGGCACAUUUCUGGUCUUAAUGUGAACUAUUCACCCAUACAGGCUACUCAAAAGGAAGAAAAUGUUCAUGUUCAUGUUCAUAUUCUCUAAUCAAAAUGAAAUAACUUGCCACACAACUUUUCUUGUCUUUUGACGUCAUGAUGGCAUGAGCGGGGAAUAGCCAAACUUGCUUUAACAACACCCCCUCCAACUAUCUAUGACACCACCUGUGAACCCCACAUGAAACUACCUUGGAACACAUAGACCAAAAUAUGGAAUUGCAUACUAACUUACUACUACUGCUAUUUCUGCUAUAUCUACUGUAUAUAAUUGUAGUACAGUAGUAAUGUACGAUUUCAAAUUUAGCCAGACAUUGUGGUCUGCAAAUGCAGUCCCACUAUGACACAACACCAUAUGGGGUUUGCAGGCAUUGAAAACUUUACAUAGGUAAAUAUUGCUGUGUAUUACUAUGUAUUGUUAUAUUGGUUUAUGUAAAUAAAUACAGUUAAAUAUCA